AUUUGAACGUCUCUUCUACGGAGUUCGCGGGCCGGGCGGAGCUACUGAAGCAGGGUCUCGUCCUCUUGCAGGUGGAGCUUUCGGCCAUGGAUUCCUCCCUUUCAAUCUUCUGUUUUUUAUCCCUUCCCUUGUAUUCUUCUUCACUCGAUUAUAUAUCCUUGUCUCGAGCUUCUCUCGCCUCGAUAGUUUUCUUCGAGGAACAGACAUCUCUUUCUUCCUCCUCUUCCACCCUCAUUUCUAGGGGUUUUGGUGGAAUGCUUGGAGUAUUUCGUCUCUCAGAUACAGAUAAUCUAGGGUUUUGGAGGACGACGGAGAGUAUCUGAGUUUCUUGAGAAUCUCUUUUCACAGGUUUUGAGUGGUUGAAGCUAAAUGAGGGAAAAUAUGGAUGACAAUUCAGUUGCCCUUGAAGCUAUUAACAAGGAAGCUGUUGAUCUGGAAAACAUCCCCCUUGAAGAAGUUUUUGAAAAUCUUAAAUGCACACGAGAAGGUCUAAGCACUGAUGCAGUUCAAGAACGGUUGGCAGUGUUUGGAUACAAUAAACUCGAAGAGAAAAAGGAAAGCAAAUUAUUGAAGUUUCUAGGGUUUAUGUGGAAUCCUCUAUCAUGGGUGAUGGAAGCUGCAGCCAUCAUGGCCAUUGCCCUUGCACAUGGAGGGGAUAAGGGUUCAGAUUUCCAUGAUUUUGCUGGCAUCUUGCUGUUACUUAUUAUCAACUCUACAAUUAGCUUUAUAGAAGAAAAUAACGCUGGCAAUGCAGCUGCCGCACUUAUGGCUCGGCUGGCUCCAAAAGCCAAGGUCCUACGAGAUGGGAGAUGGAGCGAGGAAGAUGCUUCCAUCUUGGUUCCAGGUGACAUUGUCAGUAUUAAGCUUGGAGACAUCAUUCCUGCGGAUGCACGCCUUCUUGAAGGAGAUCCUCUAAAAAUCGAUCAGUCUGCUCUUACUGGAGAAUCACUGCCAGUGACCAAGAAUCCUGGUGAUGGAGUGUACUCAGGUUCUACGUGUAAGCAAGGUGAGAUUGAAGCUGUUGUCAUUGCCACAGGAGUUCACACCUUCUUUGGGAAAGCAGCUCAUCUUGUGGACACUACUACACAUGUUGGGCAUUUUCAAAAGGUUUUAACUGCAAUUGGGAACUUCUGCAUUUGCUCAAUUGCGAUUGGAAUGAUCAUUGAAAUUAUUGUCAUAUAUGGAAUUCAAGAGAGGAAGUAUCGCAUAGGUAUUGAUAAUCUUCUUGUGCUGCUCAUUGGUGGGAUCCCAAUCGCAAUGCCGACUGUUCUUUCUGUUACAAUGGCCAUUGGAUCACACCGCUUAUCUCAACAGGGUGCAAUAACAAAAAGGAUGACAGCUAUUGAGGAAAUGGCAGGCAUGGAUGUGCUGUGUAGUGACAAAACAGGAACAUUAACCCUUAACAAGCUUACUGUGGAUAAGAAUAUGAUUGAGGUUUUCACUAAAGAUGUUGACAAGGAUUCUGUUGUAUUGAUGGCUGCAAGAGCUUCACGAUUGGAAAAUCAGGAUGCUAUUGAUGCUGCCAUUGUUUCCAUGUUGUCCGACCCCAAGGAGGCACGAGCAGGCAUUCGAGAGGUUCACUUCCUUCCCUUCAACCCAACUGACAAAAGAACAGCACUCACAUACUUAGAUAGUGCUGGUAAAAUGCAUAGAGUGAGCAAAGGAGCACCAGAGCAGAUUCUUAAUCUGGCAUCAAACAAGUCAGAUAUUGAACGCCGGGUACAUGCAAUAAUUGAUAAAUUUGCAGACCGAGGGCUUCGAUCUCUUGCAGUUGCCCGCCAGGAAGUACCUACUGGUAAUAAGGAAAGUCCUGGAGGGCCCUGGGAAUUUGUUGGCCUUCUCCCUCUGUUUGAUCCUCCUCGCCAUGACAGUGCUGAAACAAUUAGCAGAGCUCUUGAUCUUGGAGUAAGCGUCAAGAUGAUAACAGGUGAUCAAUUGGCAAUUGCUAAGGAAACUGGGCGUCGGCUGGGAAUGGGUACAAACAUGUACCCAUCUUCAUCUCUGCUGGGGGACAGCAAGGAUGAAUCAGUUUCGGCUCUACCUGUGGAUGAACUUAUUGAGAAAGCUGAUGGUUUUGCUGGGGUCUUUCCUGGUAAAAUUUUCACAUAUUCUGUUGGUCCUAUUAAUUUUUCUUAUGCCAUUUCUUAUACUGUGUUUUCUUCCACAGAGCACAAGUAUGAGAUUGUGAAGAAACUCCAAGCUAGAAACCAUAUCUGUGGAAUGACGGGUGAUGGGGUCAAUGAUGCACCUGCAUUAAAGAAGGCAGACAUAGGAAUUGCAGUGGCAGAUGCAACAGAUGCUGCUCGAAGUGCUUCUGACAUAGUUCUAACAGAGCCUGGACUGAGUGUAAUCAUUAGUGCCGUUUUAACAAGCCGUGCAAUUUUUCAGAGAAUGAAGAACUAUACGAUAUAUGCCGUGUCUAUCACUAUCCGUAUUGUGCUAGGCUUUAUGUUGCUGGCUCUGUUCUGGAAAUUCGACUUCCCUCCUUUCAUGGUUCUUGUCAUUGCGAUUCUUAACGAUGGUACUAUCAUGACAAUCUCCAAGGACAGAGUCAAGCCUUCUCCGCUUCCUGACAGCUGGAAACUCAGUGAAAUUUUUGCAACUGGAGUAGUCAUUGGAACGUAUCUUGCUCUCAUGACUGUUGCAUUCUUUUAUUUAGCUUACGAGACUAAUUUUUUUGCGGACCAUUUCAAAGUAAAAACUUUCAACAAACAUAAGAUCGCUGAUGAAGAUAAGGAAAUGAACAGUAAAAUGUUGGCAUCUGCUGUGUAUCUUCAAGUAAGCACCAUUAGCCAGGCAUUAAUAUUCGUGACGCGCUCUAGAGGCUGGUCUUUCAUGGAAAGACCUGGACUUCUGCUUGUUAUCGCCUUCAUCAUUGCCCAAUUGAUUGCUACUGUGAUAUCUGCCAAGGCAACCUGGGGUUUUGCCGGUAUAAGAGAGAUUGGUUGGGGUUGGACAGGAGUUAUCUGGCUCUUCAAUAUUGUAACUUACAUGCUGCUUGAUCCAAUCAAAUUCUGUGUCCGAUAUUCACUGAGUGGAAAAGCUUGGGGACUGGUUUUGAGCCAGAGGACGGCUUUCACAAACCAAAAAGACUUUGGUAGGGAAGCUCGGGAGGCUGCAUGGGCGCGUGAGCAGCGGACGCUGCAUGGCCUCCAGUCAAUUGAGACAAAGAUGUUUACUGAACGCAUCACGUUCAGAGACGUUAACCUGAUGGCUGAGGAUGCUAAAAGGCGUGCAGAAAUUGCAAGGCUGAGGGAGCUUCACACUCUCAAAGGCCGCGUGGAAUCGUUUGCAAAGCUUAAAGGAUUGGACAUCGAUGCCAUCAACCAGCACUACACUGUCUAGAAGUGUACCAGAGCUCUUCCUUUCUCAUGCCCUUCCUUCCAAUCAUAUCAUUAUUUUCCUAAUAUUUAAUUCUAAUCUUGUGGACAUGAUUAUAGACCUGACAAUUGCUCUGUAGACCAAUAAGCUUCAUAUGUAUAAUUACUGUUCUAUGUGGCAUUUAUUUAUAGUUGGAAAUGGGAAAAAAAGAAAAAGAAAAAGAAGAAGCUCAGUUGCAGAUUCCAUGAUUUGCCAGUAACCUGAAAGCUUGUGUAUGCCAUAAAUAUGGCAUUCCACUCAUCAGAUGGGCUAAACUUUGAUAAACAGCAGGGUUACAAACAACCAAUGGUCUAUCAUAUCAGUGCACAUGUUUGGCUCACCUGAUGAGUAGAUCAGCCUGAAUUUGGGACUAGGCAUGUUCAUGGAGAGUCCCACCUGAUUCGAUGGCUGGAUCUCACACGUGCCAUAUUGGAUCUUGUGUUGUG